GAGCCACAAAUCACAAAUUUGAGCAGGAACUUUACGAGAGAGAUGAAAAAUGAAAAUAGAACCCUAGACCUCUGACGAAAUCAAGUGAUUACAACCGUACGCACCGCACCGUAAAAAGCCAAUGACCAAACCCGACGGCGUCGCGCCGGACGCGACGACGGACGGCGGCGCCUCCCCCUCUUGGGGCACCUGGGAGGAGCUCAUCCUCGCCUUCGCCGUCAACCGCCACGGCACCGCCUCUUGGGACUCCGUCGCCUCCGAACUCCAGAAGCGGACCUCCGACCCCAGCCUCCCCCUCACCGCCCACGACUGCCGGUCCAAGUAUCUCGACCUUAAGCGCCGCUUUUCCGUCGCCCCCAAUCACGAUUCGGACGGCGGCGGCGGCGGCGGAGGAGACGUUAAAUCUGGCGCCGAAGAAUCCGCCGCGCCUCUGCUGGAAGAGCUGAGGAGAUUGAGAGUCGCCGAGCUCCGGCGGGAGGUGGAGCGUUACGAUCUCAACAUCGAGUCGUUGGAGUUGAAGGUGAAGAGGAUGGAGGAGGAGAGGGAGAGGAGCCUACAGGAGAACAGCGCGUCGGAUCUGGAGAACAAGAAUAUGGAGGAGAAGCGAAUCGUCGAUCCGGAGGCGGAGGCGGAGCCGGGGGGCAGCGGCGGAGGACCGGCCGUCGGGGAGGAAAUCGACAAGGACCAGUUAUCGGUGAACGAAUCGAACUCCACAGAUCCCGAGGCGGAGAAGCCGAAAACCGGGGAGAAAGCGGCGGAGCCGGCCGCGGAGGGGGAGGGUCUGGAUCAAGCCGGGCAGACGAGACACGAGCCGGUCGAAGUAAAAACCGAACCGGAUCGAAAAUCGGGAGGGGAGGAGGACUCCUUCAACGGCAGCUCGAACAGCAUAGAGAAAUCCGACCGGCGGGGGAAGAAAAAACCGGUUGGAUCGCCGUCCGAGUCGGACGGCAGAGAGGAAGCUGCGAAGGAGAGCUCUGAUGUGCAGAGCACGGCGAGCAGAUCGAGGAAGGAGGAGGAGGGAGGUGGUGGUGAUAAGGUGCGGCGCGGGAACACAAGUGGCGAUGAGGGUGAACACGAGGAUCAAUCUCGUGCCGUGAAAGAAUUGUCCGCCCAAUCGCAGCCGUUGAUUGACUUUCUCCAAGUCCUUCGGGCUCACAAGCUCGGCUCCAUGUUCCAGCGCCGGCUCCGUAGCCAGGAAAGCUCAAAAUACCAGAAGCUAAUCCUCCAGCACGUGGACCUGGAGACAAUCGAGAAAAGGGUGCGGCAAGGACGGUACUCGGGCUCACGGGCCAAGUUCUUCCGCGACCUCUUACUUGUCGUCAACAAUGCCCUCGUCUUCUUCCCCAGCAACUCCCCCGAGUCCAAAGCGGCCCGCGUGAUUCGGGCCCUCGUCUCCAAAGAGAUGUCCAAGUCCAAGUCCGAAUCCUCCUCCGGUAAACAAAUCUCUCUCCAGUCCCUCUCCAAGAAAGACAAAUCAGCCGACAACAAUUCGAAUUCGAAUUCGCUGAUGCUGAAACCGAGGCUACCUGGCUCGCUAACCGUUUGCCGCAAACGGAGCUCGAUCUCGCUCACGUCCAACAAGAAGGGCCAGUCCUCGUCGAGCCCCGCCAAUGAAAAGGUUUCCAAGAGUCCCGAUGAGCCGAAAAUCACUAAAAAACGGACGAGGGAAAACCGGUUGUCUCCCGCAUCCACCACGAAAACAAACGCCAAGAACAAUAAUAGUAGUAACACGACAAAGCAGCAAGAGAAAGGAGGAGGGUCGAGCUCGGAUAACAAUAGCAACAGCAAGAAGAUGGCGGAGUCGAAAAAACAAAAACGUAACUUCUUGAGCCGGAUGAAGCAAGGGUCCAACAACGGGGACCUUCUCGAUGCCCUCAAGAACACGCCGCUGACUGGAGAGGGCACAGACAAGAAGAAAGGCGUUGUGGAGAAGAAGAAAGAGCAAGUCACGAGGUCGAGGCUGGCCAAGGAGAAAGGGAGUCCCGUGAAGAAUGUCGGCCGCCUGCCAAAAAGGGCCGCACCGCCGCCCAGGAAGAGGAGUGAGAACGAGGCUCCGAAGAAGAGAACCAGGAAAUUGUAGAGGAUUUGGGAGGGGUAGGGGUAGGGGUAGGGGUAGGCCAAUAUUUGUACGCUACCUAGUGUAUGGAUGGAUGGAUUGAUUCGUGUUAUUUCCUUUUAUAGGUUGGGCUUUUUAUUUUUUUUCUUUCCAUUCUUAUAGUUUUGCGUUUCUUUUUUCUAUUUCUCGGAUUUAAAUCUUUUGACAGACUGAAAUUCCGUUUUUGAACCCACUUACUAGUGUCUGCUUUUUAUGUGUGCUGUAUUUAUAAGACUAAUGGAGCUUGGACUUGGGACAAGUGAAGGCUGUGUUAAAAUUUAAUAGUGGGUAUGUUAGCUUUGGUAAAUUCUGAUAUGGUCCAA